UUUCUUACUUCUCUCUCUAUCCACUCACUCUACAGAUCUCUCUCAAAACAAAAUGGUGAAACCACAAGAGAGAAUGACUUGUUAAAAAAUGGUGAGUAGCUAGCUAGAAAAAUUGAAGCUAAAUUGGCAGGUCAUGACUUGCAAUGGAAUGGCUUUCUUCCCUACCAAUAAUUUCAUGCUACCAGCUGCAGCUUCUCAUGAUCAUGAAGAUGACCAUCAUACCCCUGAUUCUCUUUCUCCACUUCUCCAACCCUGCACCACUACUCACGACUUCCAUGGAGCAGCCUCAUUUUUGGGGAAGAGAUCAAUAAUGCCAUAUGUAACCGAUCAAUUAUGCGAUCAAGAAAUUACCAACAAUAAUGGUGAAGACGAAUUAUCGGAUGAUGGAUUGAUUGGAAGUGAGAAAAAGAGAAGACUAAACAUAGAACAAGUGAGGACACUUGAAAGGAACUUUGAGUUGGGAAAUAAACUUGAUCCUGAGAGGAAAAUGCAGCUUGCAAGAUCACUUGGGCUUCAACCAAGACAAAUUGCAAUUUGGUUUCAAAAUAGAAGGGCAAGAUGGAAGACAAAGCAAUUGGAAAAAGAUUAUGAUGUGCUCAAGAAACAAUUUGAAGCUAUCAAAGCUCAAAAUGACUCACUUGUUUCUCAAAAUCACAAACUUCAUGCUGAGUUGAUGGUACUUAAGAACAAGCAGGAACCAACAGAUUCAAUCAACCUCAACAUUAAAGAAACCGAAGGAUCGUGUAGCAACAGAAGUGAAAACAGUUCAAGAUCAACACCAGCAAUCAAUAGCCCCCCGCGGUUAUCAUCACACCAUUAUCACAAGCAGCCAAUCAUCCCUAACCUCUUUCCAUCUUCCAUUAAUGAUGAUCACCAUGAUCAUGAUCAUCAAAUCUUUCACAAUCUAUCAUCAAGGGUAGUGUCAGAUCAUUUGCAUGGCCUAUUGAAAGCAGAUCAUCAUCAACCGGCGGCUAACCAUAAUAAUACGAGUAAUAUUAUUAAAGAAGAAGCCUUGUGCAAUAUGUUUGCUGGCUCUAUCGAAGAUCCAUCCGGCGCCUUUUGGCCAUGGUUAGAACAACAGCCAGCACAAUUCAACUGAUUGAAUUGAAUGAAAACAAACAUAUAUAUAUAUAUGGUUGUUUGAUCUACUAUCUAAUUAAUCAAGUUCUUGUAGGAUCUACUACUGUUGAUGAUCUAGCUACUAUAGGUUUAAUUAAUUUUGUUCAUUAUUUUUCAGUACUUGAAUUAAUUAAUUAAAUAGUGUAUAAAUUAGAACAAGAAUGGAUGUAACAACUGUAGUAUUAAUUCUUUUUAAAAAAUGUUGUUCAAGUCAUCA